CUCUUUGCAAUCGCCGCCAUAUUGCCGUUUGGUGUGUUUGCGUUGAAGUGACGCUUGCAAGAAGAAAUCUUUCGUUUCAUUUUUCUAGUACAUUGAUUUAGGUGAAUCAAAUUAAUAACCAUGGUCGACAAAAUAGAGAUGAGUUUAGAAGACAUAAUAAAAACAAACAAACCAGGUGGCCGCAGAGGCGGGGGUAGACGCGGGGGCCGCGGUGGGUCUCGUGGCGGGAAUAGCCAGUCGAGAAGAGGCGGUGGUGGCGGCAAUUUUAGGCGAUCCGGUGGUAGAGAGGGCGGCGUCCAAAGAGGACGCGGUCGUGGCGGAAUUACAAGAAGCUUCACCCGGGGAGACGUAAAUGGUGCAUGGAAGCAUGAUCUUUUCGAAGGCUUCGGACCACGCAAAGUGGCCGCAGCCCGAGCAGCCGUACAGGCUACUAUGGGGCCCACCAAACUCAUGGUAUCAAAUCUCGAUUUUGGUGUCUCGGACUCCGAUAUCCAGGAGCUUUUUGCCGAGUUUGGGCCCCUUAAAAGUGCCGCUGUACACUAUGACCGAUCCGGUCGGUCGCUAGGCACUGCCGAUGUAAUCUUUGAAAGAAGAAGUGAUGCCAUCAAGGCAAUGAAGCAAUACAAUGGAGUGCCUCUGGAUGGACGUGCCAUGAAUAUACAAUUAACCACAUCUGAAAUUCCCUCGCCUGUUAGAAGAAUCAACCAGCAGGAGAGGCCUAGGCAAUUCAACAGAAGCCCGAGGGGAGGAGCCAAAGGGCGACCACAAAGAGGUGGUCGCGGAGGGGGGGGUGGGAGAAACCCUAGGAACACAAGAAAAGCUGCUCCAACUGCGGAGGAGCUUGAUGCUGAGUUGGAUGCAUACACCAAGGAAAUAAAGUAGACGAUUUUAAAGAAGUUUGAUCUGUGAAAAAAUCGAAAAAAAGACACUAGAGUGAAUUUGUGAAUUUUUUAUUUUGUCAAUUUUGUUUGUGACAGUAACAAACCAGUUGUUUAUUUUCUGUAUUGUGACACUUACUAAAAAGCCUUAAACCUUAACAGAAUUCAUUUUUAUAUUUAAAAAAAAAAGUUGAGUUGACAUAUUGUUAAAUGUAAAUUUUAUGAAUCUUAAAAUAAAUAAGACUUAGGAUAAAACAAAGUUGUUCAUUAUGUUUUACUUUUAACCAAAGUUAAUUGUAUAAUUUUAUGCAAAUUAUUUCAAAUAAAAUAAAGUCCAUUCUUAUUUUACCUGAAUUGGCCUUUUAUUUUAAAAAGUAGAUUAUAAGUUGAAAUAAUAAACGAAUUUUAUAAAAAA